ACACCUAAAGCAUGCUACCAGUAAUCACGCCACUUCCGCCGUGGAGUGCGUCCCAUUUCCGCUUCCGUGCUUCAUCCAAAGGACGAAUCUGCGGCUGCUGGUUUUCACGCACCUGUUUUAUGCACUUUAUUACCUUUACACUUUAUUUUAACUUCUCAUCCCGACCUUUAAACAGAAUGGCUCUGAGACACUUGUCGGUGAAGGCUGUCCUCUUCUUUGGGCUUUGUCAGGUUGGACGCAGGGGUUUUGUCUCUGCACCUGAAGUCAGAGAGGCACCAAAGAAAAUUGCAAUAAUUGGCGGUGGUAUUGGAGGCACAGCAGCAGCAUUUUUCUUGAGACAAGAGUUUGGACCGGCAGUGAAGAUCGAAGUGUUUGAGGCUGGGACUGUGGGAGGGCGUCUGGCCACUGAAAACAUUGGAGGAUAUGAGUAUGAGACAGGAGGAUCCAUUAUUCACCCCCUCAAUCUGCACAUGAAACACUUUCUGGACAGACUCGGUCUGUCUCCUCGUGCUGAUGUAUCUUCUAAACUGGCGAUAUUUGACGGGAAGGAGCUGACCUUUGAAGAGAGCGACUGGUUCAUAGUGAACUUCAUGCGCAUGCUGUGGAGAUAUGGAUUCAACUUCAUUCGAAUGCAUAUGUGGGUGGAGGGCAUAAUGGACAAGUUUAUGAGGAUAUAUCAGUACCAGCAGUUUGGCUACUCGUUCUCCAGCGUGGAGAAGCUUCUUCAUGCUAUGGGUGGAGACGGUUUCCUCACGCUGGUCAAUCAGACGCUGGAGGAGGCCAUGCUGGCUGAGGGCUUCUCUCAGGUCUUUCUCAAUGACGUCGUAACACCCAUCACAAGAGUCAACUACGGCCAAAGUGUCCGAAUCAAUGGAUUUGUGGGUGCUGUUGCACUAGCUGGAGCUGACUCAGGAUUGUGGGCAGUGGAUGGAGGGAAUAAGAUGGUUUGUUCCGGGCUUCUGUACCACAGCAAAGCUGAACUUGUUCCAGCUCGUGUGACAGCCAUCUCCAUGAAGAUGAGACCAUCCAAAACUGGUUCGGCUGCAAAUUUCUACGAAGUGAACUAUGUUGGUGAGUCUGGUGCCGCCCAUUCUAUGUACGACAUAGUUCUGGUUGCCACACCUCUCCACCAGGGCAUGUCUGACAUCAACUUCUCAGGCUUUUCUCCACCCAUUCCAACCCACUUCCCUGGCCGCUACCACCAAACGGUGGCCACGCUGGUCCACGGUCUGCUCAAUGUGUCCUAUCUGGGCACCACAGAGAAGCCAGAAAACUUCUUUUUUUCUGACGUCCUCACAGUGGACAACAAAGCCUCUGAGAUCCACAGCCUGAGCUCUCUGGAGCCAGUGAAGAUUCCCAAGGGUUACUCCCAGAGCCCUGCCAGCCAACGCAAAGUAUGGAAGAUCUUCUCCUCCCAGCCACUUUCUGAGAAGAAUCUGCAGCAAAUCUUCCUUUCCUGGGACUUGGUGUCAGAGAAGCGCUGGCUCGCGUACCCCUCUUACAGCCCGCCGCACCGCAGGACACCUCCCUUCAUCCUCCAUGAUCGCCUCUACUAUCUCAACGCCGUGGAGUGGGCAGCCAGCGCCAUGGAGAUAAGUGCUAUUUCCGGCCGUAAUCUGGCUCUGCUCGCCCACCACCGCUGGUACGAGCAGACGGCCAAAAUCGACCAAGAGGACCUGCACACCAGACUCAAAGGUGAACUUUGACAGAGGAGCACUGCGGAAAUACUUUGGGUUCAUAAGCAAUAAAAUCUUGUAUGGAGAUGAGAGAUUGGAUUUAUGAAAGGCAGACCUGUGCUGUAUAUUUUUAAAUGAAUGUCUUAGGUUAUUACAUGGGUUAUUACAAAUUAGCACAUACACAAUUAUAAUUACUGAAAUGAGAGAUGGGAUUCACUAGUGGAUCUGCUAGCUUUGCUGUUUUAAUUAAAAUACUACGUAAUUUAUUAUUAAAAUAAUUAAUAUCUAUAAAAGAGUUUUGACUGACGAUAAAUUCUAUUACUAUGUCCCCCACAAAUUUUGGCCUGGUAUUUAAAGUAGAAUCACUUAAAAUUAUCAAAAAUAAUUUUCCUUAAUUGAAAUAAAGCUGAACUUAUAAAUAAAUAAAUAAAUAUACUAAAAUUCAAAUAAAUACAAAUAAAAGCUACAUAGAAAUAUUAAAAAUAAAAAGAAGUUACUAAAACAAGCAUUAAAAUGAAAACUGAAAUUUUCAAAAUUAAUAAAUAUUAUAAUAGUGUAUUAUACUAAGAUAACACUUCAUCAAAUGAUUAUAUAUUAUAUCAGAUAAACAUAUAUAUUUGUAAAAAUAUUUGUAAUUUUUUGUUUUAGAUUGCUAAAAGCUAAAUUUGUAAAUGUUCAUUUAAUACUGGUCACUUACGGGUAAAUCAGCAAGUUUCACAAACUACCAAGCCAUAGAGAAAACAAUUAUUUGACACCAUUUUUGUACACAGUCUGUCUUUAUUAAUCUUUGUGGGUGAAUCUCUUGUCUCCUGUCAAGAACAUGCGCUGUAAAAUCACAAUUAAGCAUGUUUUCCAUUCUCAUUACCAUCUGAAUUUUUGUGCUAGGUCUUUUGUUUGCGCGUUGUUAUAUUAUAUUUUUUACCAUAUUACUUUAAACAGAGAUACUGUAAUAAAAUUCCUUAAACUAAAAAUGGCAUAAAUUAAAGACUGUACAACAAAUACAACCAUUCAUAAUAAUUACAAUUUCAUUUUUUGACCUGGUCUUGUUCUAGACAGGUUUCAUGAGAUUCACUCUUGUAUCCUUCAGGAACAUUUUAGGAAGAGCAAGCCUAGAUGCACUGUAAAAUUUCACAGUAGUAGUGGACGUUUAUGUGAUAGAGUGUGGAUAUGCAGUUCACUUAACUGCUUGUGAUGAGACACUGUAUGUAGGAGCGCUGUGAUUAGCACUAGACACAGCUCUCUCUCUCUUUUCUCAAUGAAACGGAACGAAGUAAUGAUAUUGAUUACUACUGUUACUUGAGUGUGUGUGUUUGGUGGGCACUAUCAUGUGCCAGGUUUCCACAGAUUUGAGAUUUACCUGUUUAACUGUGGUUAAAUCAGUCUGGUUCACCUGCUCAGUCCUCUAAUUUGAAUACAGCCUCAGUGACAUAUAACUUUCAUGCAUGUUCUAAGAAUCUCUAUAAUUUUAUUCUUCCUGCAAAUGUGUAAUAAUAGUAUAAUGUUAAUUAUUCUUUGUGCCUUAAAGUGUCUUUAUUUUUCAAAAAUGCAAAAAAAAGCUUAAAUGACAGUUAAGGAUUUAAAAGAAAGGAUGUGUGACUUGAUUUUACUUCAGUUGACCAAAGUCAAGUUUUAUGAAUAUAUAUUUUGAUGACACAUUCUCCACAAAUUCUUAUGAAAAAAUGUAAACUAAAAGUGAAGCAAAAAAAUCUAUUAAAAUCUCUUUCCCAGUUGCACAGACAAUCAUAAACAGUCCUGGCAAACUACAAAUAUUAAUACUACUGACACAUGGGCUGGGGCUUGAUAUGUUUCUAACAUUCUGACUCAUUUGCAUGAAAAUUAGAGACUUCCUGUUCAGUGGUUUGCUUGUAAAUGUUGCCAUUCUGUUUACAUAUUUUAUUUUUUUGAUCAGUGUUAAGAAAUGAACGAAGAGUGCUUUUAUAUGAACAAAUGGAUGCUGUUUAAUAACUUGUCAAAUGCAGUAUUGAUAUUGACAGGACUUAAGAAUGAGAAUUUUGUUGAUUGAAGAUCACAACCUGUUUACAAUUGCAAUAAAAGUUGAUGUCUUUUAAUAUGUAAUUAAAUGUCUUUGUGUAUUAAUAAUUGUUUAUAAAUCUUGCAUACCCAUCUGUUCAUGUCACCACUGUGGGCU